AUGUCAGCCAAGUCCAAGGGGAACCCCUCCUCGUCCUCUCCAGCCGAGGGGCCGCCCGCAGCCUCCAAAACCAAGGUGAAGGAACAGAUCAAGAUCAUCGUGGAGGAUCUGGAAUUAGUCCUGGGCGACCUGAAGGACGUGGCCAAGGAACUUAAGGAGGUGGUUGACCAGAUUGAUACCCUGACCUCUGACCUACAGCUGGAGGAUGAGAUGACCGACAGCUCCAAAACGGACACCCUGAAUAGUAGCUCAAGUGGCACAACAGCUUCCAGCAUAGAGAAGAUCAAAUUGCAGGCCAAUGCACCUCUCAUUAAGCCCCCAACACACCCGUCUGCUAUCCUCACGGUCCUGAGAAAGCCGAACCCUCCACCACCUCCUCCACGGUUGACACCUGUGAAGUGUGAAGACCCCCAAAGUGUGGUGCCAGUUGUCAAUCCUGUAAAGACCAAUGGCACCCUUCUACGAAAUGGAGGUUUACCAGGUGGGCGAAACAAAAUUCCAAAUGGAGACAUCUGCUGCAUACCCAGUAGUAACUUGGCCAAGACUCCAGUGCAGCCUCUGAUGCAUAGACCUGAAAAAGACAGGUGUCCCCAGGCAGGGCCUCGGGAAAGAGUACGGUUUAAUGAAAAGGUGCAGUACCAUGGCUAUUGUCCUGACUGUGAUACCCGGUAUAACAUAAAAAACAGGGAGGUCCACUUACACAGCGAACCUGUUCACCCACCAGGAAAGCUUCCUCACCAAGGCCCUCCCCUUCUUCCUCCACCCCAUCCCCCUCCUUUUCCACUAGAAAAUGGGGGACUGGGAAUAAGCCACAGUAACAGCUUUCCCCCUCUCAGACCUGCAACUGUGCCUCCUCCCACUGCACCAAAACCACAGAAGACGAUCUUGAGGAAAUCAACAACUACAACAGUGUGA